GCGUGGUUAAAGAGAACUGUUUCCGGCCUAUAGUUUAAAAACAACAUGUCUGUGAGUGCAAGUGCAGAAAACUUGUCGAGUGACAAUCAAAGCUCAGGAGACGGAGGCACUAUGUGCCUGGAACUGGCACUCGAAGGAGAAAGACUUUGCAAAGCAGGAGAUUGUCGAGCAGGAGUUGCAUUCUUUCAGGCAGCAAUUCAAGCAGGCACCGACGACCUAAGAACACUAAGUGCUAUCUACAGCCAACUUGGAAAUGCGUAUUUUUACCUUGGAGACUAUGUUAAGGCAAUGCAGUAUCACAAACAUGAUCUGACACUUGCACGCACCAUGGGAGAUAAAUUAGGAGAAGCAAAAUCAAGUGGAAACCUGGGAAACACAUUAAAAGUUAUGGGGAAAUUUGAUGAGGCUAUGAUAUGCUGCAAGCGACAUUUAGAAAUAUCUCGGGAACUUGGCGAUAAGUUAAGUGAAGGACGAGCACUUUACAAUCUUGGUAAUGUAUAUCAUGCAAAAGGAAAACACAUUGGGCGAGUAGGGCAGCAAGAUCCAGGGGAAUUUCCAGAAGAUGUUAGAUCAUGUCUCCAGGAAGCUGUGAAGUACUAUGAGGAAAACUUGCAGUUGAUGAGGGAACUGAAUGAAACAGCAGCUCAGGGUCGUGCUUGUGGAAAUCUUGGGAAUACCUAUUACUUACUUGGUGAUUUCCAGAAAGCUAUACACUAUCAUGAGGAGAGAUUGAAAAUUGCGAGAGAAUUUGGUGAUAAGGCUGCAGAAAGGAGAGCCAACAGCAAUUUAGGUAAUUCUCACAUAUUUCUUGGUGAAUUUGAAGCUGCAGCAGAACAUUACAAGAGAACAUUAGUGCUAGCACAAGAAUUGGGAGACCGAGCUGUCGAAGCUCAAGCAUGUUAUAGUUUGGGUAAUACUUAUACCUUACUUCGAGAUUAUCCAACUGCUAUUGAAUAUCAUCUACGCCAUCUAAUCAUUGCACAGCAGCUGAUGGAUAGAGUUGGAGAAGGACGAGCAUGUUGGAGUCUGGGUAAUGCGCACUCUGCAAUGGGUAACCAUGAAAAGGCACUUUACUUCGCAAGUAAACAUCUGGAAAUUUCAAAAGAGCUUGGCGAUACCAUGGGUCAAGCAACAGCUCAGAUGAAUGUGUCAGAUCUGCGCAAGGUCCUAGGUCUGCCGGUCACUGACUUGUCUCCAGAGAGUCAGCAGCUCCUGACAUCACUGUCUGACCAGGGAUCACCAGCUUGUUUACGCAGAUAUAGGGUGAGGAGACACAGCAUGGAACAACUGGAUCUUAUAAAGUUAACACCUGAAAACAAACAGAAACCUAAUGGGGACUUGUCAAACAACCAAUCUGAAACAGCUGCACAAGAAUCUCAGCAAUCAGCUGCUACUGCUGCUGCCACUGCCCCAGCUGAUGAAACAAAGACAGAACAUAUGGAAGACGAGGAAUCAUUUUUUGAUCUACUUUCUCGUUUCCAAUCAAAAAGAAUGGAUGACCAGCGGUGUUCCCUCAGUGUUGCCGACAACAAGGAGAAUAAUCAUAACAACAAUCUUACUCCUAACAAUCUAUUAAGUUGCGCUACAGGAAAUAGACCAGUCCCUCUCAAUAAUGCUGCCAUUACAUCAAACAAGGAAAAUGCUGUUUCAAAUGCAGGGAAUGGAGACUCAUCAAAAGUGCAAGAGGAGUUGCUAGACCUAAUUGCAGGCAUGCAGAGCAAGCGAAUGGAUGAACAAAGGGUUGCUUUGCCACAUUUACCAGGACUGCUUCCACCAUCACAAGUACAGAGGCUUUCACUUGGUUCUGCUCCAGAUGAUACCUUCUUAGAAAUGCUGAUGCGUUGUCAGAGUUCCAGAUUAGAGGAUCAACGCAGUUCUUUGCCCAGUGAUGAUAAUGAAACUGAAGGAGAAGCUCGAACACACUCUGCCGCUCGAGGUGCUACUGUUCCUGAUGAAGACUUUUUCUCACUCAUUAUGCGUUUGCAGUCUGGUCGCAUGGAAGACCAACGUGCCUCUGUCCCUGUUGUCCCAACUGCCCCUGCGCCACUUGCAGAAAACAGACAAGCUUCAAGAAAGGACAAGAAGAAAUGACUAACACUGUCGGCCCCUCCUUCUUUGGAACGUUAGGGGGCAUUUGAACAGCUGAAUCAACAUUACAAAUCUUGCUGCUUCCAUUACCGACUGUGAUGGGUAGGUUGUAAGGACAUGUUAUAUUUUACAGUGCCCUAUUUUAAACAGGGUUGGUAAUGGUGUAGCUUAGCUGUGAACAGUUGGUGUGUUUGUCAUUGUCUGUCAAUCAGUUCAGUUUUGCAGCAUUUACCACAGUAAUUUGGAAUGCCAUUCACAGUAUAGUUAUAAACCAGAUGAUGUUAUCCACCAUUUGUGUGCCAGGAUAAACCAGUAAACAACUUUUUCCCCAGUAUAUACAACAUUUGUGCAGUCAGAAUACAUUUUCAACAGAAUCUAUAUAUUUUAUUGUAAUAUUAAUUGCUUGGAAUGCUGCUAAUGUUCUACCUUUAAUGGGCUGAUUUGUUUCACUGCAAAAGACAGUUUUAAAUACUUUGAUAAAAAUGGAGGUUAUUGUGCCAAAUCUGCUCAGUUUAGAAUUGAUGCUAUGUUGCCUGUAUAGACAGCAGCUGUAUGCAUAAAAUUGCCAUCAUUAAACAAAAAAUUGUUUUGUAGUUGCAGAGAAUAACUAACAAAAAACAAACGGUGUGAACAUUUCCCACAUUUGGGUUUUAUUAUGACAUUGGAACAACUACUUCUGUUUGUGUAGUUUUUUGUUUAUAAUUUUUUAAUCAAUAUUGUUUGUCAUCUGUUUGCUGUGAAGAGUUGCCCAGCAUUAACUGCCAAACGAUCUCAGUUUGUUAUUACUGUGAAUUGGCUCAUGAAAUACCCAGUUGGUAUUUUCUCUUUACUUCUUUCUCUGUUGUCCGGUUCUAUAGCUGAGUGGUUAGUGUGGCUGACUGCCAUCUAGAGGUUCCGUAUUCAAUUUCCAGUACUGCCAAGGACUUUUCCUUGGUGGAAGAACUGCACCAGAGUCCACUGAGCCUCAUCAUGCCAGUUGAGGAGUGCUUGAAUGAUCAGAAGCAUUACAAGGUCUCUAAAGUUGACAAUGAAAGGGGAGAGGUGUGCUGACCCCAUUUCCCUUUAUAAUGCACCCAAAUGAUGCCAUUAUCUAAGGAUGACAUGGUCAUUAGUUGGUCCCGUUUGGUCUGUCUGAGGCCAUGAUGAUGAACUUUGUUGUUCUCUUUCUCUGUUAGUGCAUUUAUCCCCACUUUCAUAACCUUCAAGAUGAAAGUACUGCACAGAGCAUUUAUUUCACAGCCGAAACACUACAAGCCUUCUGCAAUAGAAUUUACAAAUUCAUUUAUGACAUGGUAAAUGGAAAAAUAAAGAAUUUAAGGACUUAAAUUUGCAAAGAGUGUACUGAAUUAUAAAAUACUAGGUAACGAAUAGAAUGUCCCUAGCACAUCUGGAUUUUGUUAGAAAUUUUUUUGCUCAGACCAGAACAGACAAGAAUUUGGAUAAAUAAUAACAAUUCAGAUACACUGUGAUGUGAAGUUUAGUACAUAACAUGAAAAAUGAAACUUCCUUGCAGAUUAAAACUGUGUUCUAGACUGGGAAUCAAAGGUUCUGAGUUAAAGAGUCUCUCUCUGGCAUACAGUUUUAUUCUGAGAGGAAGUGUCAAAACAGCACAAAUUCCAGUGUAGGAUAAAGAUUCAUUCUGGAAACAUGACAACUAUUUCUUAAAAUGUUUUACACAUUAAAUGAAUAAACAUAAAGCAGUUUCAGCAGGAAGUAUGUUCCACAAGUGUACAUGAAAGCAAAAGUGAGACCCUUAUAUGGUACACGUUAACUUAAAUAUGAAUUGUAGCUAAUAGGUUUUCAAAAUAAUAAAGUAAUUUUCCUGCCAGCUGGAAGACCAGUCAGUAAUAUUUUUAUAAAUGAACAAAUUGCACCACAUUAGGUGUGUGUGUGUGUGUGGGAGGGGGGUGGGGGCAAGGGGUGAGAGCAGGAGCAUAUCAUCCAUCUCCUAGGGCUGCACUGCAAAUGUGUAUUAUAGUAUGAAAGCAUUGGAAAAAGUCAGUAUAGAUCUUGUUGUAAUCAGUGCAAAGUAGAGAUCAAUCUUGCAAAAAAAUCCUUUAUAGCUUUGAAAGUAAUUGUAGGAUGCUGCAAAAUUGUAUGUGUAAAACUCAAACACUGGAAAUUCUGGUAUGGAAUAACAACAAUAUAAAAAGAUAGACUGUUAGUAAUCACACAGAAAAAGUGUUGACUUGCAGAUGCACACAAUGAAAAGACUGCCAAACUUUUAGCUUUCAGAAUAAAGUCCUCCUUCAGAAGCAGCAGUCACUUGGGCAUAGACAGUGACAGUUUGUGUGUGUUUGUUUUUCUGAUUCCAAUUUAGGACCUUUUUUUCUGGAAGCUUAAAGUUUAGCGAUCUUUUCAUUGUGUCUUUCUGUGACCCAGCUCCUCUAUGCUGUGAAUAGCAAUCUAUACUUUUUUGCAUAUAAAACUCAAUCAUUUAUAAUUAUUUAAUAUGAGCAUCAGCGUAACUCCAACUGCAGCGUUUGUGUACGAUAUAAGGUCACCAUCAGCACAGGAAAGAGAUGACUGAUUGGGCUGGUAUAUGUAUGUAGUCAUCCACGUGAAUUAAAUAAAAUGGUUAAGGCCAAAAAUACUAUAGUCAAAGGAUUUCAUUCUCCAGUUGGGCUUCCAUAAAACCUCUAGAUUAAUUAAGAUGACAGUCAUAAAUGCUAAACUACAUUGCAACACAGUUAUGCUCCAUUUAUUUUAAUGUAUGUUGGAUGAGUGUAGGAUAUAUCACAUAACACUUAGUACAUAAAAUUGAAGUCAUUUUCUAGAUCUCCAUCCUGAUAGAAAGACAGAAGAAGAGAAAAUACAGUGGAAACUAGAAAGGAAGUCAAGGCAAAAAUGUGCUGGAAAACUACAAAAAACCUAUGAUAAAGACAUGCAAGAACAGUGCAAUUAAAUCACAAAUUAACCUUCAUACUUACUUCAAUAUAAGACUAUCUCUGUGUAUUCAUAUCAUUCAUCUGCUUGUUUUAUUGUUUUCUAUAAUUUUUAUACUUCUGUUUUUCAUUUGUUCUUAUUUAUUUAUUUCUUUAUUAUUGGUCACUUGUAGAUACAGCUGCGAAUCACCCAUCGUAGUAGUAGUGGAUGGCAUAUCCAUAUAAAAAUAAUACAGGGUAACUGUUCUCAGACCUGUUUUUUCAUUCUUUGAAAAUCAGCUAUUUAAAAAUUAGAGGUACUUGCAUUUGGAAUAUUUUGUUUGGAAACAAGUUAUGAAACAAUUCAGCCCUGUUUGAAUACAAGCUAUGAUUUAUCCUGGAAUUCUUCAGUUAUAUUAAACAUUUGUAUAUUUGUUAUAUCUGCAUUUCAUUUCAGUAGAUGUUUAGUAAAAUACACAUCAAAUGUCCACAUGUUGCAGGCACAAUGAAAAUGAGGGUCAAUUUAUCCCCUUUGUUAUAUAUUCAAUGCCUCUCAAAGAGGCAAAGAAUGAUUUUUUAAAUUUUUUUAUGCCUCUGCAUUUGGCUUUUCUGUUUUAAUCAUUUUUGCAACCAUCUCAAAAUUGUAAAAUUUUGUUGGCCAAUAUAUCAUCAUUUAUUACUAUUGUUAUCUAACAGCCUGUCCUUGUCUUCAGUUUUGUAGCAUAUUUGCCCUUUCCCCCUAACUAUGUGUUUUAGAGUUAUUUUCUGUUGUUUCAGUUAUGGAAUGUUCUGUAAUUACAGUAUUGGCAUUUUAAAUCACCCCCAAGUAUAAUUUUGGAUUGUAGUGAGACCAGUGAGCAAAAACACUAUUGAAACUCUUUCUCACAAAAACAGAUAAGAUCCAUGAGCUGUUAAACUUAAAAUUUUAUCCAAAAUUUAGGGAUUUCAAAAUAAAGAAUUUGUUUACUUCUUGUAUAUUGAGAAAGUAUAUAUGGCCAACAUAAUUAUCAAAUUAAGUAAAAUAAACACUUUGACAGAUGUAAAACUGGUUAUGCUAGUCCUUAUAUUUGAGAUCACAGCUAACAAGUAUGUUCAUGUGAAAUGAAAAAAAAAUGACUACUGUUUCUCACAAAUUUAAUCUUUAUUUGUAGAUAGGAUAACAAAGAAGAUUUAUAUAGUACUAUGUUAAUGUAAGUUGUUGCAAGGAGAAAGGAUAGUGUAGAAACAAACUUUUAUUUAAUAUAAAGUAAUAAUUGCAUCAUUUCUGCUAUAACUGACAUAUCUCAGUGCAGCAUUUCAUCAGUAUUGAUCUGCAUUUGUGAAUGAGAAUCUCUAAUAUUAUAUCCUUAAAUAUUAUAUUUCAGGAAAGUCAUGCAUGACAAAGACUGCAGUGUUGCCAAGUCAUUUCAGCUUGAUUUCAUUUACUUAGAAAUCUGUAUGGAUUCUGAUAAGGAGAUUUGUGGACUCAUGUCUCAUUACUGGUUCUGAAGUAGUGUUAGAAUAUUUGAAAAAGAAAAGCAAACAGUGAAAAUUGAUUUUGGAAAGUGUGUGUGUGUGUGUGUGUGUGUGUGUGAGAGAGAGAGAGAGAGAGAGAGAGAGAGAGAGAGAGAGAGAGAGAUUGAUUGUCAUUUUUUGAAGUAAAAUCUAAUUUGUGGUGGCAACUGUGUGAUAUUGCAUUCUGUGUCACAGAAAUUGCCAGACUUUUUCCUCUGAAAUAAUUGCAAUGUAUGCAGUUAGGUUUGUAUUUGUAGUUAUGUUUUGUAGCUCAUUAGCAUAAACUUUACAUGUGUGAACUGUUUCAUUCUCAUUUGUAGCUUUCUAUAGAGGUUGUUUUGCCACAUAAAAGUUUGUAAAGUGAAUAGAUAUUACUAUUAAUGCAGUAAUGGAAUAGUUUUGUAAUUUUUUUCUUGUAACUGUUUUAAAGAUCUUUUAUUUCCUUAGAGGCUUUAUGACAAAUAUAUUUGUGUGCAGUAAAAACCGAAAGGAAUGUAGCAAGAUGCAUUUGUUUAUAUAUGGAACAUGUUCACUGAAUGGUCGUGCCAAAGAUAGUCUGUUGAAUUAAAAUACUAAUUAUAACUGGA